UGGUGCUCCCAAACACGAAUUCCUCCUUUAGAAUGAAGUGAAAUGGGGUAGCUUGAUUUGCUCAGUUUACUGUGGAACUCGAGUCAGGAUCGAUUCGUAAUAUAAGCACAUAUAUUUUCUAAUUGUAAAGCAAAAUGGAAAACCAGGAUAAUUUCCUGCUAUCGAAUUUUUACUUUCUGGGAACCUUGGGCAUGCUCCUUACGGUGAUUAUUCUAGCGGUGCCCGUGCUGCGACACAAGCUCCGUAUACUGCUGGCCAAAUUCCAUUGCAAAUCGAUAAACUACACGCCGAUAACCUAUUUGAAGGAUGACAUUUUGAACCACGUCUCGAGGCGGCGUCUCCGGCUGGUGCGGCGCAAGACCCUCAUCCUGGACAUGGACGAGACGCUGAUAGCAUCUGUGAUACUCUACCAGGCCAAGGCGUCGGAGUCCGUGCCAGCCUCUUGUGAUUACAGGGCUCGCAAAUACAAGGCCAAGUCCAUCCUGGUGGCCACGCUCCCCUACGACUUCUCCUUCUAUCUGCCCCUGUCCGGAGCGAGUGUCUAUGUCUAUAAGCGACCGCAUGUGGAUUUCUUUCUGGAUCGUGUGUCCAAGUGGUACAAUCUGGUGGUCUUCACGGCCGCCACGGAGAUGUAUGCCUCGAGGGUGUUGGACUUUCUGGACGCGGGUCGGAAUAUUUUGACACGGCGAAUGUAUCGCCAGGAUUGCAUCAACAUCUGCGGCAUACGGGCCAAGUUUGUGUCCAUAGCGCACAGCGAUCUCUCCAAUGUGCUGCUCCUGGACGACUGUCACAUGGAGAACAGCUUCAAUGUGGGCAACGCCGUUCACAUCAAGAGCUAUCGCAUCGGCAGCAAGGACGACGAGCUGCUCCGCAUGCUGCCCUUCCUCGAUGCCCUGCGAUUCACCCAGGAUGUGCGCUCAAUUCUCGGACGUUGCACCCGCUACGAUUGCCUCACAACAUGCCUGGCCACCCACUAUUGUCUAGCCAAGGCAGCCGAGUCCGAGGCGGAGGAUGUCAAGUGUCUAUAACCAAAUGCUCCCGAUCUACUUUAAUGGGCACAUACAAACAUCUUAUCUAUGUCGCAA